CGGCUCCAAGUGGAGGUGGCACAUUAUUGCCUAAUAGAAAUUGAGGGUUGAAGAAAAAGUUUGUGCCUUGAUGUACAAAAUUUGAAACCAUGGGUGGCGGCCCAUAUCCUGAUAUAGGUGUAAUUAUAGCUGGACUAUUAAAAUCUUCCUUGACAGUUAUCGAUGGUGAGGCAGGUUCAUUUGAAGCAGAACAAGUUGAGAGUGCAAAUAGCACAACGCAAACGAACGGAUGCUGUCUCUUGAACAUCUGAAAAUAAUAAUAAGAAAUGUUUAUUACAUAAGUUUCUAUAAGUUACAAAGCUUUUGUAAGUAUUAUUUUAUAGUAUUGUAUUUGUCUUACCAUUGUAUCGACCGAUGAAUGGAUACUGAAUGAUUAGGAAUUAAAAUCUUUUUGCAUUUAUACUUCAUGCACAAGCUCUAUAAACUUGUUGUUCCAGCGCAAAGUGAUUAUACCACUAAAUAUAAUUAAAACCUGUUUAAACUAAUUGUUUAAAUAGCAAUACGUUAUAGUAUAGAAUGUGUAUAUCGUACAGGUAUUAGAGAAGUAAGUGUUAGAAAAUAUUAAAUUUUAAUUAUCAUAAUUGUCAAAAAUGUUAAUUCGUUUAUUAUUGUGCUGGUUAUUGACACGAUUUUCUAGAUUUACGACAUAUUAUUUAAUGAGUUUACAGUCGUAUAUAUACACUUACUAUGUUUUGAAAUGGUAUGUCGAGUAGCAGCCUGCUUAUCUUUCUAAUAACACCAGUUUAAAUAAAAAAAAUGAACAAAAUCGUGAUUUUCAUUACACUAGCUUUUAGCUCCAGUAUCCUCAGUGCCCCUAGUAGAGUAGACCUAAGAGGUCUCAGGACUCUUCCCGCAAUAAAACAUGAACACCUACAAGACGAAUUCGGACAAUAUGCUCUUCGGUAUGUUACGGCUGAAGGUACUAUAGUUUCAGAGAAAGGCCAGUUAAUUGCUAGUCCUGAUGGUACUGGCCAUGUUAUGAUUAUGGAAGGCGAAGUGAUAUAUAUUGGCGAGGACGGCAAGACUUACGUUACAAAGUAUACUGCUGGACUCGAUGGUGUGAAAGUUGAGGGAGAUCACUUGCCUGUCGCACCCACCGUGCCUCCGGUAGACUCAUCUGCGCCUGUUGAAAUAACUACGGCUUCAGCUGAUGAGCCGGCUCCUGCGGCUGGCGUCACUUUACCAGAUGCACCUACCGUGCCAUCCAUCGCCUCAACUGUUGCUGCUUAAAACGGUGUUAUCGCAAAAUAAAUUAUAAUUGUGG